AUGGAUACUGAUUCCAAACUAAAUCUUUUAUCGCACAUAUUCCCGGACUUUGAUAAGGUAACUCUUCUUGAAUUGUUGGUUUCCUGUGAAGGAUCAGUUGGAAAGGCAAAAAAAUUAAUUCUUGGAGAUGGAAUCACUGAUGACACCGAGGAACUCAACACUCCUGAGAAAGAAUCUGUACCAAAUAUAGUAGAAGUUCCCGAAGCACAGGUAGAAAAUAUUGUGUUGCAGGAGAAAAGGAAAAUUGAGGAUACUAUUGAAGCAGAAAGCUCUCUAUCAAAGAUAGUAAAAUUUCAAAAACUGAAUCCUCCUUUAACAAACAGAACCGUCACUUUGUAUUCGAAGCAUGACAUUGAAUCCGUGCUUCCAAAUAUCAAAAUCUAUCCUAAAUUUUUGCAAAAGCAACUUGCUGAUGAUGUCCUAGACAAUUUGGUAAGUCAAAAGAUGCUAUUUAAGGCAAAGCAAUUUUAUAUUGCUGGAAGCUUAUGCAAAUCGUCUCAGAAAACUGCUGUUUUCGGCGAUAGUGACCAGGUAGACUACGAUCCUGUCUAUCAAGAUGGGGUUACAAAACCGUUAAAAAUGACUCCGGAGUUGAUAAAGUGUCGAAUAUUGAUUGACCAGAAGGUAAAUAUGGUUUUGCAAAAGUAUCAUGAGGAUAGCCAAGACAAGGCCGAUUUCCUGAUACAUGAAAAUUGGCAGAGUGAUUUUUGUGUAGGAAAUUAUUUUCCAGAUAACAAAUCACAUUUAGACUGGCAUACUGAUAAACUCACCAAUAUAGGUCCCUUGCCUACUAUUGCUUCUAUUUCGUUUGGCGCAACAAGAAUAUUUAGACUCAGGAGGAGCAAUCCUACCAACUCUACAAUAUAUAAUAUACUUUUACCAAACAAUACCCUACUUAUAAUGCUACCAUCUACACAGGAGCUUUACAAACAUUCUGUCCCCACCUUAAAGGACUCUUUGGUGAGGCCGCAUUCCAAGUUUGGCGAAUCAAGAUUUAGCUUGACGUUUAGGAUGAGCUACCCUGAGUUUGAAAAAAAUAAAGUAUACUGUGAUAAGUGUAAGAAGCAGAUGAUUUUGAGAAGACUUUUCAAAGGUGAAGAUAUUGGUUAUUACGUAUGGAUGUGUAUGGGGUCCUUCAAAGGUGUAAAUUGUAAAGGGUUCAAAUACGCCAGGUUUAGCGGCAGAACGGGAGAAUCGGAAUUUGCGACAACGCACAAAAGUAAAGCAACAAGAUGGCUUUCAAGCUUGGAGAAGUAA